GCCAUGGCUUUGCCACCUUUAUCUAUUCGAGGUGAUUUGGGAGUUGUUUCUACUGCUGGAGUUAGAUAUGCAUAUCCACUCCUAAAAUCAUUUGCAAAAAUGGGACCUCAAGGUGUUCUUGGUGCCACAAAGCUUUUACGCCCUUUUUCAGAAAUAGUUGAUUCAUUGGGACUCAAAGAUCCUUUCAUUAGAAAUUGGGUGGAUCUUUUGUCUUUCUUACUUGCUGGAGUGAAAUCCGAUGGUGUUCUUUCAGCAGAAAUGAUUUAUAUGUUUGCAGAAUGGUAUAAACCAGGUUGUAGUUUAGAAUACCCUGUUGGUGGAACUGGAGCACUUGUUGAGGCUCUUGUUCUCAGAUUUUCCUUCUGAUAAACUUCCAAAAAUGUCAGAACCUUCACAACUUAUGACAGAAAAUACACGUUCUGAUCUUUAUGUUGCACUCCCUGUUCUCAGUCAAGGAAAGAAAUGGGUCUUACUAUACAGUACAUGGAGGCAUGGCAUAUCUCUUUCAACCUUAUAUAGAAGAAGCAAUCUUUGCCCCGGGUUAAGUCUACUGGU